AAUAUGAACAAGUCCUGCGCUUAUGUGCUUCUCUUUCAAGUCCUGCGCUUAUGUGCUUCUCUUUCAAGUCCUGCGUUUAUGUGACGUCAUUCGAAGGUGUUUUGUGUCUAUUAUGUUUGUUUUUCCGUUUCAUUUGUAAUCGGGAAACUAGGACAAUUAUUAUUCGGCGACGUGUAUCAGUGUCAGUUGGUUAAUACGUGUAUCAGAUGAGAGCUUUGAUUUUAACAUUCUUGGCCAUUGUGGCUGUGCAGCUUGUGGUAGCUCCUCCUGUAGAUCAGAAGAAAAAAGAUGAUGAAGAUAAAAAAGGAACCUCCGAAGAAUUGGAUGAUUUUGGACUAGAAUAUGGUCGAUACCUACAACAAGUGGUACAGGCUCUAGAAGAAGAUAAAGAAUUUGCCAAGAAACUGGAAAACGUCAGUGCAGAACAAAUUAAGAGUGGACAUAUAGCAAAAGAACUGGAAUUUGUGAAACAUAAUGUUCGCUCAAAAUUGGACGAGCUGAAGCGCAUGGAAGUGGACAGACUCCGUAAGCUCAUACGGGAACAGAUGGAGCGCACUGAAUUAGGUCUGUACCGUGAUGAAGAUGGUCAUCUCUUGAACUCACCAGAUGGUCGGCGCUGGAGAACUAUACCUAACCACAGAAGUGGUUUUGAAGGUGGUGUUGGUGAUGGGAAUUUCUGGUUAGGUUUAAACCGAAAAGGAGUUAAAAUACCAAAACAUUUAGAUAUAGAGAAUCCUCAUAGUUUUGAAAUAGAAGAUCUUAAAAAGCUUAUUCAAACGGCUACAAAGGAUUUGGAAGAAAUAGAUAGGCAACGACGAGAAGAAUUUAAAAAGUAUGAGUUAGAGAAAGAAGCCAAGUAUCGUGAAAGUUUGAGAAAUAUGACUGAGGAGCAAAGAAAAGAAACUGAGAAGCAUCAUCAAGAAAUGAUUCAAAAGCACAAAGAUCACCCUAAAGUGCAUCAUCCUGGUAGUAAGCCACAAUUAGAACAGGUUUGGGAGGAUCAAGAUCACAUGCCCAGGGAAGAAUUUAAUCCUAGAACUUUCUUUGCAAUGCAUGAUGUUAAUGGAGAUGGGCACUUAGAUGUAGAGGAGGUAGAAGCUAUUCUUCUGCCUGAGGUGAAGAAACUCUAUAACCCAAACAAUGAAGAAGAUGAUCCUGCGGAGAUGGAAGAGGAGUUUCAUCGCAUGCGGGAGCAUAUCUUUAAUGAGACAGAUAAGAAUAAAGAUGGUCUUAUCAGCUUAGAAGAAUUCUUAAAAAUGACUGAACAGCCAGAUUUCCCAAAUGAUGAAGGUUGGAGAGAUUUAGGUGAACAGGCUGUCUAUUCGGAAGCUGAACUCGAAGAAUAUAUGCGUCAAAGGCAAAUGCAAAUGCUUCAUCAACAGCAGUAUCCUCAGUAUUAUGGAGAUCAAAGAAUGUAUUAUGAUGUGGGAAAUGCCCAGCAAGGUUUACCUCCUCAAAUUAAUUACCAGGUUCCUCCUGGUGGAGUACCUCCUCAUCCUGGUUAUCCAUCUCAAAAAUUCCAACAGGAACAUCCUCAACAGCAAUUCCAACAAGGACAUCCUCAACUGCACUUCCAGCAAGGACAUCCACAACAGCAGUUUCAGCAAGGACAUCCUCAGCAGCAGUUUCAGCAAGGACAUCCUCAGCAGCAAUUUCAACAAGGUCAUCCCCAACAACAGUUUCAACAAGGUCAUCCCCAACAACAGUUUCAACAAGGCCAUUCCCAACAACAGUUUCAACAAGGGCAUCCUCAACAGCAAUUUCAACAAGGACACCCUGAGCCACAGUUUCAGCAAGGACAUCCUCCAAAUAUUCAGUACCAGAGUCCACCUCAACUUCAGCAAUUUCAGCAGGGUUACCCUCAGCAGCAACAGCGUUUGCCACCUCAACAAGAAAACCCUCAACAACCUUUGCAGCAAGCUCAAGUACAGCAAGAUGCACCACAGGAGCAAAAGGUUAAGCAGGCUGCUGGUGUUCUGCCACAACAAGCAGCUUCGGUUAAUAAAAAACCAUCUGAAAAAUCUAAUCUGAACCCUAACCAGAUUCCUAAUAGUGAUGCUAAACCUGUUGUGCCUCAAGAUGGUGCUGCUCAAGCUGCUGCCCAGCAAGUGCCACCAAAAAAUUAAUCCUGAAUGGAGCUCUACUUAGAAAGGUUAGACUAAGGGAAAAAAAGUUGCGAACAAAAUUUACUAAAAUUUAUUAUGUAAGAUUUUUUAUUCAGAGAAAAGUAUAGGAAAUUUUCCUAUAUUUAUAAAAUUUUCCAAUCGAAUAUUUUUCUAAUGUCAAAGCAUUGAGAGUAAUUUUUAUAGUAUAUGUUUUAAAAUUUCUCUGUCUUACCUGUAGGCAAGGAAUUCAUUAAGUUAUUAAUUAACGACUAGGCAGGGAUGGACAAACAUUUUUCAUCUUGCUAAUCCAAUCUUAGUAUAAACUGAAGGUGUAGGAAGUCAUUUGAUUCUUUGUACUAAAUGAAUGAAUUCAGUUUCAGAAUUUUCAUAAAAGGGCAAGUUGAAUGACAGUUUAUUGGUUUUUAAAAUGCAUAUAUUUUUAAAGGUAUCUUUUAGGAAUCAUUUAAAAUUAAAAGAAAAAUAAAAAUUCCCCACCCUCGUCUUUCCUUCCCCCCCCCAAAAAAAAUUAUGUUUUGGCAAGUUUUUUUAUUUUUGGAAUUUGUUUAAGAAAGGAUUCAUUUAAUACUUCCUUAAACAAAAAGUUAAAUUACCCAUUAUUUUAUUUUUAGGAUCCAGUACCAUCUUCAUAUAUUAAUUCAGUAAUUUAAGUAGGGGUUGAAAUUUGUUUUAUCAUAAAAUAAAGUUAAUAUUAUUUCUUAUCACUUGUAUUAUAUUUCAGAAUGCAGUAUUGUAUUUGAUCAGUUUUUGAAAAGCUUGUACAUCCCUGUUCUGAGUAUUAAUAUUCAUAUAUAACAAUAAAUUCUUGUUUCAUUAAAUUGUAUGCAAAAAGAGUGGUUUAUAUAGUGCAAUAAGAAUAAUGUUUUGUUUCAUUUGUUUUUGAAGCUUCUGCUUGUAUUGAUAUCCAGAAAAUUCUAAAAAUUUAUGGUCACCAAAUGCUUUUGUUGUAAGAGUUUCCUGUAUUUCAAUUUACAUUCCAACUUUUUGUAAAUAUUUUGAUAGUUGUAUAUUUUGUAUAUAUGCCAUAGUAAGAUAUAUACUAAAAACUAUAACUUUAUUGCUGUUUUAAAAUAUACUGCAAAUUCUCUUGGCUGCCUACUGGAGGUGUUUAAAAAUAUUUAUUUAUUUAAAAUCAUGUAAAAUAUUAUUCUUUUUCCCAACAAUUACUAAAUUAUGCUAAUUUUAAAAACAUAUAUGUAGACUUUAAAUUGAUUGGAUGUAUUUUUGCCAUACUACUUUUUUUUUUCCUCAGGGGAGGGGACUUACUUAAUAAAUACCUUAAAAUAAAACUACUUAAAAAUGUUUAAUUGUUUUUUGCAUAUUACUAAAACUUAAUUCUGAUGUUCGUAAUUCUAAUGUUCUGAAAGCUGCCUUUUUUUGUGUGAUUGGCUAACUUUUUUCUUUUUUCAUGUAUUCAGUAGCAUUAAUGUUUAAUUUCUGAUUGUUAAGAAAAUAAAAAUUUUAAAUAUUUUA